GCCGGGCUCGGCACCAAAGCCGGCGGUUUGAGGCGCCUUUGCCAACAGCAAGCUAUUAGCGCAAUGGGACUCCAGGCUGGCUUUGCUAGCAGAGGUUAUCCGGCGUGCCGAGGGGCUUGACGGGCCAGCGGAAGAGCUGCGAAGGAUCCUGGAAGGCUGCGACGCGGCGCAUCAACUCCGAGGGUCACCAUGGAAACUGUUCAAAGGCGAGUCCAUUUGGCCUUCUUUGUGUUCCCACUGGUUGUGUUUGGGGCUCCCAGGGACGAGUCUGGUCCCCAACAGGUCGCAACCACCUUGAGUGGCUGCCGGCGUUGCUGUGACUCAUGGGAUGCGUCAGGCUCCUCGGAAGCCAGUCCUGGCACAAGCAGCCCUCGCUCUGGACCAUAUGUAAUGCCAGAGGUCCGUCCAUAUAUCAACAUCACCAUUCUGAAGGGCGAGAAAGGAGAUCAAGGAGAGCCUGGAAUUCCUGGGAAGUGGGGCAAAGAAGGUCCUCCAGGGGAACGGGGAGCUCAGGGCCCAAAGGGCAACAAGGGACAGAUGGGUGCCCCGGGGGAUCCUUGCAAGCACCAGUAUGCAGCUUUCUCCGUGGGCCGUAAGAAAGCCCUCCACAGUAGUGAGGGGUACCAGGCCUUGAUCUUUGACACCGUCUUUGUGAAUCUCUAUAGCCACUUCGACAUGUUUAAGGGCAAGUUCUACUGCUACGUGGCCGGCCUCUACUUUUUCAGCCUCAAUGUUCACACCUGGAAUUUCAAGGAGACCUACAUGCAUGUCAUGCGGAAUGACCAGGAAGAGGUUAUCCUCUAUGCGCAGCCCAGCGACCGCAGCAUCAUGCAGAGCCAGAGCUUGAUGCUAGAGUUGCGAGAGAAUGACGAGGUCUGGGUGCGCCUCUACAAACGAGAGCGUGACAAUGCCAUCUACAGUGAUGACGUGGACAUCUACAUCACGUUCAGUGGCUACCUGAUUAAGCCCAGCCUUGAGUAACUCCUUUCCUUCCAAGCACUUCUUCUGCUUCCCGUUGCCUGUUCACUCUCUUUACUGCCUGCAACUGCUGCAAAGCACACACAGAAGAUCUAGAAGGACCUGGGUAUUUUGGAGACAUUUUUAGAGAAUGUGGUGCUGGAAAAAGAGCAGAUGCUAUUGUUCUGGACAGAAAGGUGGUGUUUGUUCAAGAAAAAAUUCCUGCUAACCUAAAUGCUCACUUUGAAGGAGACUCUGAAGUUAGAGUGGGAAUUCUCAAGUUACCCAUAUCCUUCUCAUCUGUUAUCUGGGGCUUUGCCUUCACUUGCGGGUUUGAUACACAGAUGUUCUAGUGAUAAUUUCCUAAUCGGUAGCACUCUUGUUUGCACAAGGGGAAAAGGUUUUACCUGUUGAGUUGAGCUGCCUAAAGCAAGUUAAAUUUUCAUGUAGAUUCCAAGCCAAAUAACAGCCCAACAGCCUGUGAAAUGCUUCACAACAAAUCUGUUUUGGCAGCAAAAUACGUUUUUUCCAAACCCUGAUGGAGCUGUCAUACAUGGUGGGUCACAAGUUGUGCGGUCUGAUGUUGUCAGAUCAAAUCAAAGUUUAGUCAGUCAGUCUUUGUGUGGGUAUAGGCCCACUCUCCAUGAACUAAUACCAACUUAAAAUUGUAUUAGCUUGUCACUCUUAGAAUUUGCUCCAGUUAGCAAAUAGAUUAAAAAUUAAUCUGAAUAAUGUACCUUGCAUUAUCACAGGGAAAAAAGGGAAAUAGAAGGGACCUAAAGUUAAUCCUAUUUAGCUCCUGGACAGGCUUCAUGCAGUUACAAUUGGCUAGAUUGCAGUCUAGAAUGCUUUUGUAGGCUGUUCACUUCAAGGCCAGAAUCCAACACACGCAUUAUGCAUGAAAUCUAUCAUCUAUUAUGCAUGUACUAUCUUGCGUCACUGUGAGUUGGAUCGCAGCCUUUGGGGAAUUUGAUAGUUGACAUUCUAAUUCCAGUUCAAAAUGUGUUCUUGUGCCAAAAAUACAGGGAAGUGCAAGCAAAGGACUGAUAGAAUCAUGAGCAUCAACCUCUGCUCAGCACGGGAAUCCUUUGUACUUGUGGAGAUAGACUGGGGGAGUGGUCUGUGCUGAUCUAUCCUUGAUUUGGCCUUGGACUCCCUAAGAGAAAUCGGUCACAUUCCAGGCAUGGGGAAAUAGUACACACCCUUCUCAUACUGCCUUUCUGUUCAGCACCAAAGUAGACAAGACAGCAGGUGAUGCGUGAGUGGAUCUCCUGUGAUUUUUAAAGUUAAAAGCAGCUUCCACUUGUGUGUGGCUGAUGGGGGGGGGGGGUGUCUGAUCAGCAUCAUGGUACUAGAAUGGUGUGAAUAAAGGGUUUAACCCUUUCUUUACACCAUCUCAACAGGGAGAAUGUCUCACUUCAUUUUUUGUCUUGAGAUAGGGUUAGAUCCUAGAUGAAAUUUUCUGGCAGUGGAAUGGGAUUUUCCUACCUCUCCUCUUCCACUUCAGCCCACUGAUCUCCACCAAAUGCUGUUCCUGGGGGAUAGGAGGAACCUGAGGAAUAACAAGGAAGCACUGCAGUGGGAAGGGGGAGUUGGUUGUCUAUUUAAUCUGGAUCCAACCCGAUAGAAUCAAUUCAUAGAGGGAAAGCAAUGAUGGAAGGAUUCUUAAGAACUUUUGUCUGGUUCCUUUAUUCAUUAUCAGGAUCCAAAGGAAACUACAGGUACAUAACAGGCACACAGUCUGGCCCCAGAGAAUCCACAUUAUGUAUCAGGAAACCAGAGAUUAAGCUAGCAAGUGAUAUGGAAUGGAACAAGCUGUAGAGGGUGCUUUCUUUAUCCAUUUAGUACAGGGGCCUCCAGUGUGGUGAUACGAGGACCGCGGCACCAGUUGGCAUCUUUCCUGGUGCCUACAGAGUAUUUUUAGAAAGUGGACAGGACCAGGUGGGGCUUUUGCCCAGCAGAGCUUCUGACUAGCCAUUGGAGAUUUGAUGGGCUGAGGAUUUUUAAAAAGUUGCUUCAUCAUUGGCUGCCACCAGAGCACAAGGAUCUUCACUGCAUGACAAACUAAGCCCGGUGUAUGUAAGAAAAUAUUUUAAUAUUUUUAAAACAUGUUCAUUUUAUAGUAUGUUUGCUUUAAAAGGCAUCCUGUUAAACAGAACUUUUGCCUGAAACGUUGAGUUACUAUUAGUUACGUAUGACUUCAUUUCCUACUGUUUUGUGGUUGGCUCCUCCUCUUGUGGCAGCCAUUUUGUGGUUGCACCCACCACCCUGUGCCAGAAUUCCAAAGAUGGCUGCAGGCUGAGAAAGGCUGGGGACCCCUGAUGUAGUGCAAUAGCACCAAAGAGCCGUUCUUCUUCAAACAAUAAUCAGCCAGGGUUCCUUCUCUCAUCCAAAUAGCACAGCCCAGAGUCACAUCAGAGGAGACAAAGGGAACAUCUCUUUUUGUCCCCUUCCUCCUGCAUAAUACAUAACCAUGGAUAAGUACAUACUACUGGCAAGCCAUUAUGUCUGACCUGUAGCCUCCCCCAUCUGCAAAAUGGGGAUAAUAAUGCUGACCUACCUCAUAGGGUUGUUGUCAGAAUUACUGAGAGAAUUUCUGUGAAGACUCUUAAUGUGCUAUACUAAUGCCAAAAACUGGUAUGUUAACUGUACACUACUUAAAAGCAAUUUCUAUGCUUGAGUGGAAAAAUACACACACUGUGGAGAACAAUGCAAUUCCAAACAGACUUAAACUCUUCUAAGUCCACUGAAGGCAGUAGGUUUAGAAGGGCAUAACUGUGCUUAGCGUUGCAAUGUAAGUCUAUUAAGAUAACAGAAUGAAAAAGAUCCCCCACCACCCUGUCAAAAUAGAGGGGUCCCUAGAUAAGGUUUGGGAGACAGCCCAAAACAUACAUUUUAAUUGAAGCCAACGGGUAGCCCUUCAGAGUGGGUUCCUUAGAAGGGAGCCCUGAAGAGCCUUGCUGCUUCAGAUAGGGAAGUUUUGGACUGACAGACUGAAUUCAUCCUUUGCAAGGCACAGGCUGGAAAACCAGAUGUUGUAUAUUUACAAUAUGUGGCGUCCCUGUGUCUCUCGAGGGAACAACAGGAAUUUCUAGCACUGAAUAACUUCCAGAUCUGAGCUCUGAACUCUUCAAGCCUUUGCUUCCUUUCCAGUUUUGACAGAGUUCUCAGAUGCUCCUGCUGAGAAGCUCCUACUUAGCAAGGAAUGUCAAGAGGGCACCGGAAAGUGUGUGUGUGUUUUGUUGCGUUCCGGCAUGCUUUUUGGUGCUAAACGAGGCUUCUGAUACUUGGUGCUAUAGAAGCCCCUUUGGGGCUAAGCCAGGCUACUGGAUGAUAAUUGGUGCUUACUGGGAGUUAUAUGGGGUAACGUGGACAUAAUAGACCGUGGGAUUUGUGGUGCUUUACAGAAAAACUAGCCAACAAGAUCUGUAUAUUUAUAUAUAUAUAUAUACAUAUUUUCUAAAUAUUAAAACUUUCUUAUUGCAC